AUGUCUGAUCCGAGUACAAGAAUCAAGUCUCACAUGAACAAAGAUCAUCAAUUGUCAUUGAAUGAUUAUGUCAUAGUGUACGAUUCGGUUGAUCCCAAGUAUUUGGUUGAAGAUUCUGUUCAUAUAACUGACGUGGACACUAACCAUCUUGUUAUUGAGUACGAUUUGAUCAAACCAAAUAGCGCUACGUCAAUUACAAAAACAUUGGCACUUUAUUGGACCGAUGCAGAAGAAGCAGAAAAUAUACAAGUCAAAUCUUUAUCUGAUAUCAAAGGUAAAUUGAUCGCCAUGGCAAAAUAUUGUGCUGAGAAACAAGGCUACGCUAUGACCAAAAUCACCAAAAUAGUUGGCCCUAGUCCUCUUGCACUCUCAAUCUAUCCUAGCUGGCUUGUUUUACUACUCAAUGCUUACAAUCCAAAUAUUUUGAAAAGAUUGUUUGCUAAUGAUGCUUUAUUCAACAGAAUAGUCAAGUUUCUUCCAUCUGCUGUCAUUUCCGCUUAUCAAUUUACUGAAAUAAAUGCGUUAAAGAUUGCAAUUGGAUUAUUCAUUGUUCAUUUCGGUGAGAUUUUGUUUGUGUCAAGACCUUUGUUGAAGAAGCAUAGAACUCCAGAGAAUGUUAGAGUUUAUUGGUAUCUCAUGCAUAUUAUUGAAGGGUUCUUUGUCAUUCUUAGAUUGAAAAAAUUGACAUAA